AUGAAAUAUCUCACCUCUUCUCCUGGCGAAGCUUUUUCAUCUUCUAUUGGUGGUUGCAAGCCAAGAAUGCUCUUAAGAAGUUUUAAAAAAACUCGAAAAAUUGAAUUCUCACGGUUUUUGAAGGGCCUUGCUUGUCAUCCUCCUUCUUCUCCCCAGGAGACUUCUUUUCAUCACUCUCUUUCUUUUCAUCUUUUUUCUCCUCCUUCUUAUCCGGCGACUUUUUCUCGUCGUCUUUCUUUUCAUCUUUCUUUUCAUCACCCUUAA